AUGACUCAAGAUUCAAGAAAGAAGAUCGCUGUCGGUCCCAAACCCAUAAAGAACUCUCAUGGAGUCAAAUUUCUUGGUUUGAAGACUUCAUCUUCUACUCCAUCUAGGGUUACUCGUUCCUCUGCAAAAAUUGUCUCUCCAGAAUCGUCUGGACCUGCCAAGAGGACAAGGAGUAUGAGGAUCAAGCAUGUUGUCAAGCGAGGCACAGGGAAAGCAUCAAGUGUUCAGGACAUCUCAGAGGAUUCCAUUCCUGAUCCACAGGUUGAUGAUAAUCAAGAAAGCGAUGCCCCCGAUGCUGAUGCAGAUCAAGUUAUCCACGAUGUCUUGGAGACUCUUGCAGAUGUUGCCACUGCACAGGAUGUCAUGCCAAAUGUUGAAUCACAGGAUGAUCGUGAUUCUGAACCAAACUUUGCAGAAAACGCUUGUGAGUCUGAUGCUGAGAAGGAAGAUGAUACUGAUGUUGCUAGUCAUGAAUCUUCAAGUGAGAAGACUCCCUCUGUUAAAAUUCCCCAUGAGAAGACUCCUGAACCCGUGUCUAGGAAGGGUAAGAAAAAAAUGUUUGCUGCCUUUGAAGAAGAAGACUCUAAUGAUCAAGAAGUACACAAGAAAGUCAUUGCCUCUGCUGGUAAGGAGGCCACAGUCUCUACAAACAAGAAUGUUACAGGUCUGAAAGAAAAGAAGAAGAAGGUUUCAGUUCUUGAGAAGAAGGAAAAGAAGGAAAAGAAAGAUGAGAAAGUUGCUGCAUCAACUGGAAGGAAGAGGAAACAUGUUGCUGAAACUGACUCUGAACCAGAUGUCCCUGACAUCUCCACCUCUGCCAAGAAAAGAAUUAAGGUGAAGAGAAUUCCUUUGAAUGUUCCAGAGGCACCAAUUGACAAUGUAUUUUUCCACUUUGCUAGUUCUGCACAAAGUUGGAAGUUUGUUGUUCAGAGAAGGUUAGCCAUAGAAAGGGAGCUCCAUGAAGAUGCUUUGGAACUUAAAGAGAUCAUGGAUCUGUUGGCUGAUGCAGGUUUGAUGAAGACUGUCAAGGACAUUGGUAGAUGCUUCUCUCAAUUAGUUAGGGAAUUCAUUGUGAAUAUCCCUACUGACUGUGAUGAUGAGAGUAGCUCUGAGUUCAGGAAGGUCUAUGUCAGAGGAAAGUGUGUAAAUUUCUCUCCUGAAGUUGUUAAUGAGUUUUUGGGAAGAAGUCCGGUUGCUGGAACUGAUGAAGAACCCGAGUUGAAUAGGAUUGCUAAGACCCUGACUGCAAGAUGGUCAAAAAGUGGCCAAAGAAAGGAUUGCUUCCCUCUGGGAAGUUAA